AUGAAUGACCAAUACCACCGAGCAGCCAGAGAUGGCUACUUGGAUCUGCUAAAGGAAGCUACCAAGAAGGAGCUCAACUCGCCCGAUGAAGAUGGCAUGACCCCCACCCUAUGGGCUGCCUACCAUGGCAACCUGGACGCUUUAAGGCUGAUAGUUAGCAGAGGGGGUGAUCCAGACAAAUGUGAUAUCUGGGGGAACACGCCUCUUCAUCUGGCAGCCGCCAACGGCCAUCUGAAUUGCCUUUCCUUCUUGGUGUCUUUUGGGGCCAACAUUUGGUGCCUGGACAAUGAUUACCACACGCCGCUGGACAUGGCUGCCAUGAAGGGCCACAUGGAGUGUGUGAGAUAUUUGGACUCCAUUGCUGCCAAGCAGAGCAGCCUCAACCCAAAGCUGGUGGGCAAACUGAAGGACAAGGCCUUCAAAGAUGCGGAGAGGCGCAUUAAGGACUGUGUGAAACUGCAGAAAAAGCACCACGAGCGGAUGGAGAAGAGGUACAAGAAGGAGAUGUCCGAUCAUUCUGACACAAUGAGUUUUUCCAGCUAUGCCAGCAGCACUUUGAGCAGGAGAUUCCAGCACAUGUCCAUGAUGACUUCCUUGCCAUAUUCUCAGGCCACCAUACACGGCACUGCCAAGGGCAAAACAAAAAUUCAGAAAAAGCUGGAGAAAAAGAAGCAGGUCGAUGGGACAUUCAAGAUCUAUGAGGAUGGGAGGAAAAGUGUGAGAUCCUUGUCUGGUUUACAGUUGGGCAAUGAUGUUAUGUUUGUGAAGCAGGGCACCUAUGCUAGUCCAAAGGAGUGGACCCGGCGCAACAUUAGGGACAUGUUUCUGACCGAUGAAGAUACCGUCUCCCGUGCCAUAAGUGACCCAGGUUUGCACAUGGACUCAGCCCACUCUGAGGUCAGCACUGAUUCUGGCCAUGAUUCCUUAUUCAACCGCCCUGGACUUGGCACUAUGGUUUUCCGGAGGAACUAUGUCAGCAGUGGACUGUUUGGAAUCGGUCAGGAGGACCCCGGUAUUCUGGGAGAAAAUAACAUGGAUAGAUUAGGUGUUAAACUGCACAACCGCCUGCAGCGCUCGCCAAGUUUCAAUGACAGCAUCGGCAGUGCCAACAGCCUGCAGGAGAGGAAUGAAGAGGAGCUACCGUGGGAUGAUGUAGAAUUGGGCUUGGAUGAUGAUAUUGAACCCGACACCACCCCUCUGGAAACCUUCCUGGCUUCCUUGCAUAUGUUUGAAUUCAUUUCCAUCCUCAAGAAAGAAAAAAUUGAUCUGGAAGCCCUUAUGUUGUGUUCAGACAAUGAUCUGAAGAGCAUCAACAUUCCACUGGGGCCCAGGAAAAAGAUUCUGGAUGCUGUCCAGAGAAGAAAACAGACUUUGGAGGACCCUGAUGUCAUAGAAGACACAGAUCUGUAA